AUACUGGAAAUUCACACACGAUGGAGCAGAUUUUUUUUUAAACAAGUGGCGAGCAAGUAGUAGUUAUUAUCUUGUUUUCUAUCACGAAAAAAAACCCACUUUCAUGUUAUUAUUAUUAAAUACGAAGAAGGGGUUUUUAUUGUUUCUCUAUCAAACAAAAUGAAUGAUAUUCAACCAGUAGUAAAAGACAUUUAAAAAAAAAAAAAAGUCGUCCGUAAAGCAAAGAACGUGGCCCAGAUGAAAUCCAAGCAACACGAAGCCUGCCAGACAAAACGCAGGGCUUGUCCAAGCGAUAGUUGUGCGCAUGCGGGCGUGACGUCACGAUUCGCUUCUGCUCGCUAGCUUGUGUGCGCGGAACUUUUCCUAAAAAAAAGAAACACAGAAACAGGAAAAAAAAAAAAACCCGAAAUUUUCCGCUGUAAAAUGUCGACUAGCGACUUCUAUUUGAGGUAUUAUGUUGGCCACAAAGGCAAGUUCGGACACGAGUUCCUGGAGUUUGAAUUCCGACCGGAUGGCAAACUGCGCUACGCCAACAACAGCAACUACAAGAACGACGUCAUGAUCAGGAAGGAGGCGUACGUCCACAAGAGCGUCAUGGAGGAGCUGAAGAGAAUUAUCGACGACAGCGAGAUCACCAAAGAGGACGACGCCCUCUGGCCGCCGCCCGACCGAGUGGGCAGACAGGAGCUGGAAAUCGUGAUCGGCGACGAGCACAUUUCCUUCACCACGUCCAAAAUCGGCUCUUUGAUUGACGUCAACCAGUCCAAGGAUCCCGAAGGCCUGCGCGUCUUUUAUUACCUGGUGCAGGACCUCAAGUGUUUGGUGUUCAGCCUGAUCGGACUUCAUUUCAAGAUCAAGCCCAUCUAAGCGGCGCCGUCGUCGUCGUCGUUGGCGCGCACGCAUUUGUACAUUUGCUUCUUUUUGUCUCCGUUUUCAAUAAAGUUUUGACAAUUUUUGCCUAA